AUAGCGUUCACGUGUAAUAACCUUUAAAACGACUGAAGGUAAAAUAACCUUCAACAUGGGCGCGUUUCUAAACCGGUUUUAUGUUCCAACGGCUCGCGCACGAGAACACCCGGUUCAGUUCGGUUCGGUUCACUUCAGAUCGACAGAAACACACCGCUGAGGAAAGAGCACGGGAGGACUGACUUAGUGCUGCACUUCUAAUUGAUCUAAUUACUAAUGAAGGAACCGACAAAAUCCAUUCCGGUCACCGGAAUCCGGAGCAUCAGUAAAGUCACUGUGACUGGAUUUAAAGAUGACGUGGACAGAGAUCUAUCUCCUCUUAGUGAUGGUGAGGACAGGUUUACCCAAGACAACAACCUUUGGAUUCUUGCUCUUAUUAAAAUCUAAUUAAAAAUACCGUCGGGGAUUUUUCUUCCGUUAUGCGCGCGCGAUUCCAAAACGAAGAGACAGAGCAGAUUUCAGAGCGCAUUAUUAACUGAGUAAUCUCAUUCAGUCUACUCAUAGAAACAUUCCCUCUCCUGAUAGAAUGCACAGAACCCAAUAGUCUGAAGUAAACUGUCCGAGCCACUGCUGGAACUGCAAACCUGAAGGAAGUGAAUAUAUUUAAACGCCGAUUGGAAUGGCUCAGACAGCGCGAAAGAAGGCACAUGGAAGACAUCAUUCCUGUCUCCUUUCCCAACCCAGAAUAACGAUGAGAAUUGUGUGUGGACAACCGACGCCUGUGCUGGAUGGAACAGAAUCAGAGCAGUCCGCCUCAGGGACAAAUCAGAGCAACGCAAUCAAUAGAGCACAUCAAUGAGCUCGUGUAUAAGGCUAAUGAUUGUGCUUGGACAAGCUUACUUAAACAUGCUGGAGGGAAUAAAUUGCGCAACAGGGAAGAAAAACAGCAGCCUGUUAAAGUAACUGAAUGAUUUGCCAGUUUGUUAUAUUAGGUUUGUUUUCUCAGCAAUCUAACAAUGUCAGUUGGAUUUGGAGACUGGAACAUGGGACACCAUUUCAUGGCUUCUGCAAAGGUAAUAUUAAAAUAAUGACUGAUGGAUUUUUGUAAAAUGUUUGGCACUAUGAGAUUGGAGGAGAUUAUCCUGAUCUUUGAGUCACCAAGCUUUAUGCUGCUUCUGUGAUUCAUCCCUCGCACUUUGGAAGAGUGGAAUUAUGGGGUGACUGCUGCUGUUACUCAGAGAAAAAGCCAUGGAUGUAAAUUUUUCCUCGGUUCUUGACAGCAGUUUAGUGCGGCGUGAUUCAUCAAAGCGUGUUCUGACCGGCUGCUUUCUUUCUCUCCUCAUCCUGACCACUCUACUGGGAAACACACUGGUAUGUGCUGCCGUCACAAAAUUUCGCCAUCUGCGUUCCAAAGUCACUAACUUCUUUGUUAUAUCACUGGCUAUUUCAGACCUACUGGUGGCCAUUUUGGUGAUGCCAUGGAAGGCAGCUACUGAAAUUGUGGGAUUCUGGCCUUUUGGUGCUUUCUGCAAUAUCUGGGUGGCAUUUGACAUCAUGUGCUCCACUGCUUCCAUCCUGAACCUAUGUGUCAUUAGUGUGGACCGGUACUGGGCCAUUUCCAGCCCAUUUCGUUAUGAGCGAAAAAUGACACCCAAGGUGGCGUUCAUCAUGAUUAGUGUGGCUUGGACCUUGUCUGUUCUAAUCUCCUUCAUCCCUGUCCAGCUAAACUGGCACAAAGCACAAAGUGCAGGUUAUAUUGAACUGAACAGCACCUACGCUGAAGUUCCACCAGACAACUGUGAUUCUAGUCUUAAUCGAACAUAUGCCAUAUCCUCCUCCCUCAUCAGUUUCUACAUUCCUGUAGCCAUCAUGAUUGUCACCUACACCCGCAUCUACCGCAUUGCUCAGAAGCAAAUCCGCAGGAUAUCUGCGCUGGAGCGAGCAGCAGAGAGUGCCAAAAACCGCCACAGCAGCAGGGGCAACAGUAGCAGCAUAGAGUCUGAAAGCUCUUUUAAGAUUUCCUUUAAGCGUGAAACCAAAGUCCUCAAGACACUGUCGGUCAUUAUGGGGGUGUUUGUGUGCUGCUGGCUGCCCUUCUUCAUCCUCAACUGCAUGGUGCCUUUCUGUGAGCCCAAUGAAAGUGUGGACUUCCCGUGCAUAAACCCAACCACCUUUGAUGUCUUUGUCUGGUUUGGCUGGGCUAACUCCUCACUCAACCCUAUCAUCUAUGCGUUCAAUGCUGACUUCCGCAAAGCGUUCUCUAACCUGCUAGGCUGCCAACAUCUCUGUCCUAGCAGUAACUCUAUAGAGAUUGUGAGCAUCAACAACAACGGAGCAUCCAAGCAUGUCUCACACUAUCAGCCCAAGGGCCUCAUACCCAAAGGUGACAGCAACAGCAAUUGUGUAAUCCCUCAUAGCAUACUAGACCAGGAUGAGGAAGUACAGAAGAAGGAAGAGAAUUCAGGGUUUAAGACCUUGGAAACGUUCUCCCCAUAUAUGUCAGACAACCUGGACAGUGAUGCUGACAUUUCCCUGGAAAAGAUUAACCCCAUCACACAGAAUGGGGAGCACAAAUCCAUACCUUGCUGAACUUAAGGUUUAUGAGUGCUGUUAGUACAGAGCUCAGCUAUUAAUAAAGAUCACUGGUUUCAGAAUAAAACAACAUCUGGAUUAAGUAAAAGCUGCAAGCUUUUAAAGAAUGUUUCUUUUGGAAGCACUUUAUCUGGAGGACUAUCUGCAAAAUACUGACAACGUGUUGACAAGGUUAACAGGUUAGUUUUACUUUAAAUAACUUGAAUAAAGAAAAUGCAUUGGUAUAUAAACAUAAUUUGCAUUUUAAAGGUGUUCACGGACGUCUGCUUGUUCAUUUGUGGCAGAAGUACUAUUGCAGGUGGAACAUGGACAAAUAGAAAAUAAACUAAAUCUUGUAGGUGAAGGUUUUUUUUUUUUUUACAUGAAUAUGUUCACAAGUAGUGAUUUCCUGUCAGCAGUACUGUUUCUGUUAGUAGUGUCUCUAUUUUUACUGUGUAUCAGUGUUGGCUUAGCCAGCAGUUCCAUAUGCCGCUAGUUAUUUUACUCGUGCUUUAAUGCAUGAGUGCUCACAUCUUUUAAUUAGGGCUGUAGCAUCUCAUCUUUCUGUAACAUCAGGUGAAGGAAACAAAGAUGAUUUUUUUGAAUUUGAAUUUGAAUAAUCAGCCGCUCUGGUGUAAAACUCACUUCAGCAAUAAACACUUAUUGUUUCUGUUCUUGUGCUAUUCCUUUCCAUCCCCAGUGCCAUAAUAAUGAAAUGGUUCUUCAGAUAAUAACAAUGAUAUUCAUCUUGUUGGAGACAAUGCAAGACAACAAUUUUACAUUUUUAAAGUUUGUUCCUGAAUUAUUUGUUGGGAUUGAGAUUGAUACUGCAAUAACACAUAGUGACGCUUUUGUUGAGACAGAGCAGGAGUUCUUUACAGAUGUAUGUUCACGCCCUGGACAAAUACACACCGACAGUUCUGGAUCUCGGUUGGUUUUUCUCAGUAUCUUCGGUGAGACUGGUAACCUCGCUUACAAUGAAAUAUAAUACAUGCCUGAAAAACUUGCACACUGUACGUUACACAUUCUGCAUUGAUCCAGAAUGCACUUGACAUUUCAGAUACAGGACAGCUGGCACAAUUAACAUUUCUGGAUAGAGUUAAAUUAUUCAGAGAUAAUUUAAAUUACAGUGUAUACUAUGGUAUUGUAUAGAUAGUUACUAUGUUAUUAGCAUAAUUUUAUCAAUUAAAAAAACAAUAACAUGUUUAUACACUCUGCAUCAAUUACAGUUUGUGUAAAUCAGUGUGUGCAUCUUUCACUGCUCUUACACUCUGAGAGUCUCUGAAGCAGGGAAGGACCAAGGUAAGGAAAAAAUAUUUGAAAAAAUCUCCUGUCUGUGUUAACUACCCUGUCACAAAAUGUUUUGACAAAUAUCUCUAGCACGAGUGGACGAUUCGAGCUGGCUUUUCAGAAGGACACAGGGAAUUGAUGUACUUAUACACGCAUGUAAAGAAUUCACAUUGUUACAGUUGUGCCAGCUCUCCAUAUAACUGUCUGUUUCAUCAGAACAAAUUAAAUAUAUUUAGUCUAACUGUAGUUUCUAUUACAAGGGUAUAAGAGGCUGUGGUUAAAUUAUGGUUUUAUAUCCUUACAAGCAUUAAAAUAUCAAACGAUGUAAAAACCGUACAGUCAAGGAUUUUAUAAUUUGCCAUAUUGUUUCUGGUGAUCAGGCUGUAUUGUAUUUAACAGUGAGUGAGUGCUUGUUUGAUGACGAUGUUAGAGUUAAAAAAUGAAAUAAAAUCCGCAGAAUGCCCUCAUAAAUAAUCUGAAAUAAAUGAAACACCUGCAAAACUGCAAAGCUGCAAAACUCCGGUCUUUGGGAAUAAAAGAAAGAAACAUCCCUGCGUCGGCUUUGCAUUACUUUAAAUGCAGGAAUUAUUAUUUUUUAAUUAUGUUGUGUAAAUUAAUAAAUUUAUACAUUAAAAAUGUUAAUUUUCAUUUAAUAUCUGUAUUUAUGUAAAGUUGCUUUGUGACCGUGUCCACUGCUAAAAGCAUUUUAUAAAUAAAUUUUAAGUGAAUCGAGUAAAUUGCAAAAAACCUCUCCAUGCUUUUGUAUCACUUGUGUUAAGAGAGAAUUGUAAUGGCAAUGGAACAAUUAGUUUACUAAGAUCAGAUUCCUUCUUUUAAACAGCCAGAUUAGCAUUCCAAAUUAACCAGCAUGGCAUUUAAACGAGUCCCAGCUGCCGUUCCAGCUCGAUGCUGAUGUAAGUUAAUCAAGACUCUGAGGACCAUUUUUAAAAUACAUUAGUUACGUGUGAAUACAUUACAGAAGGAAAGUUUUCUUUCUUUUCUUGCCAAACCCUAGGGUCUCAUUUAUUUCAGUUUCCUAUUUUAGUGAUAGCACAUAGAAGUACACCUCAUCUCACUGGCACCAGCACAGAAUUAUGUGAGAUGAUUUCUUAUCUACUGCUUCUUAUUAUAAUUUCUCUCUCCAGUUCAGUUUCAAAGUUCAGUUUCAUACCAUCAUGAGCUAUUCCAUAAAAACUAGCUAGCAAGUGCCACAGCAAAUUUUAAAUGUCAACUAAUUGGGUUUGAAAAUGUACACAAUUUAACAGCAGAUGUAAACACAAGUGCUUUUUUUUAUCAUCUUGAUCCUUAAAUGUGAUACAAAAAAUCCCAGUGUGUUGUUUUUCAUGUCGUUUGUAAAUGCAGUAAAAAACACUGUCAUGGUUUGAAUUUGUGCUGCUAUGUUAAAAGCAUUUAAGUUUCUUAAAUGCUUAUUUCU